GCUAGACUUAGACACCAGUAUACCCGAACGACCACGCGAAGGGCACGAGAGCCGCGCGUCGACACUUUAUUUGUUGUCCUGCGUCAUUACAGUGUGGAUUUGUGCAGGUGCACCUUUCCAAAAGGUUUACCAAGAAGAUGGAUAGUGCAACUAUCCCCCAAACGCAGCUGACGCAAGGUGCAUGCACCAUCACUUUGCAAGAGUGCGCGCUCCCGAGCGCGACCGCGAGUCAAACCAAGGUGCUGAAAAGACAGCGCUCCAGUUCACCCGAGCUUCUGCGUUGCAAGAGGAGACUAACUUUCAACGGACUGGGAUACUCCAUCCCGCAACAGCAGCCAGUCGCGGUGGCGCGACGCAACGAACGCGAGAGAAACCGCGUCAAACAGGUCAAUAUGGGAUUCCAGACGUUGCGCCAACACGUCCCGAACGGAGCGUCCAAUAAGAAGAUGAGCAAAGUGGAAACGCUGCGCUCGGCGGUGGAGUACAUCCGCGCUUUACAGCAACUUCUAGACGAGCACGACGCGAUUUCGGCCGCGUUCCAGUGCGGCGUGCCGUCACCGACGCUCUCCAACGCGUACUCCGCUGACCCAGAGUCCCCGCACUCGUCUUAUUCCUCAGAUGAAGGGAGUUACGAGCACCUGAGCUCUGAGGACCAAGAGUUACUGGACUUUACAACUUGGUUUGAUCGAUACUGACUUUCUCGUGUUUGAUUAUGAGAGUAAAAAAUGGCCUGGACGCCUCUUGUCUUGAUAAGGCAGGCAGCGGUUUGGGAUGCUAUGGCUCAGUUGUUGAAGAUCUAGGCUUGCAACCGAUUGGUUGUGGUUUGAAUCCGAUUAUGAGUGGUACAUGAGAGAAAUGUUUGGCUGAUCAAGGCACUUAUCCCCAGGUUGCCCCAAACGGACUAUCACUAUCAAGAGACUAAAGAAUUACAACAGUGCCAAGUGACCCAAUGCAGUUACAUCCAAAUAAGCCAGUCACAAUAAUUGUACAACUGUCAGAACCGCUGGAUGGACUUUCAUAAGUGCAAUUGUGGGCAAUAUAUAUUCCUUUAUGUCCUUUAAUACUGUUUUGAUAAAACAAACUUCCCCAGUCAAAUUCCAAGAAUGUCAACAGGAAUCUGAUAUACGGCCAUAUAUGAACAUAUAUUUAAAUUCCAAUGGUGUUUGGGAAAAUAUAUGUUACAUAAAUGAAAAAAGCCAUUUUUUGGGGGGUAUUUUGAAAUAUAAGUUACAUAUAUGUACAAUUGAAAACCCAUAUAUAAACAUAUAUUUCAUAUGUUUGUUUGACAUAUAUUGCCAUGUAUCAAAUUUAUGAAUGGGAAAUGGGAAUAUUGAUUAUUACCUACAACCAUCUACCAGGUCUGCUUAAGGACCAAUGUUGAAAUUUGUAUUAUACCUUUGGUACUGUUAAAUAUGAAGAUAUAUUUUUGUAAGUGGAGCA